AUGUAUUUCUCCAGCUCGCCAUUGGGCGUAGCUCUUGCUUCGACGUUCCUCGCUGCCGUCACACAGGCCCAGACGUACCAGCGCUUUGGCACCUGUCCCACGCUGGGAUGCGUGAUUCCUCCGGAUCAGCAGGACUUCCUCGCGGGCCAGUACUUCGACAUUCGGGUUGAGGUGCACGCGCCUGUCAAUGGGUCAGAAGCUACCAAUGGCGUGCCGGACGAGGACUUCACCUUGACGAUCGGGAAGGCUGGCGCCAGGGCGGCGACCGUGAGCGAGUACUUCGAGAGCGAAGAGCCGGAGCUGGAGACGUGGGAUUUCAGCUAUUAUGAAGAUCUCUUCGCGGAGGACGCAGAUACUCCUUCGGUGGUGAAUGUUGCGUCGAAGGCCUGGAGACGGGUGGCUCUGUACGAGCCGGGCGAUUAUAUUGCGACUUUGACUUAUAAUGGGACGCAAACUGUUGCUCAUUGGCAUGUCCGGGAUAUCGAACAUGUUCGCAAGACGAAGAAUGUGCUCCUGUUCAUUGGAGAUGGUAUGACUGCCAAUAUGAUCACGGCUGCGAGGUUGAUCGGGCACAAGUCUAUCAACGGAAGAUACCAGAGCACCAUGGCCAUGGACAAGUUUCCAGUCUUGGGCCACCAGAUGACCCAUUCGAUCGAUACUUUCAUCACCGACUCGGCCAACUCUGCCACUGCUCUCUACUCUGGCCACAAAUCGACCGUGAACGCCUUGGGAGUGUACGCAGAUACGUCUCCAGACCCAUUCGACGACCCAAAGGUUGAGUCGAUUGCAGAGAUCUUCCACCGAAUGUACGGCGGUCACGUCGGUAUCGUGUCGACAGCCUUCAUUGCCGACGCGACGCCAGCUGCUUUCACUGCUCAUACCCGCGAUCGAGGCGAAUACGGCGCCGUUAUCGAUUCUUUCAUACACGGUCUUGUGAACUAUACUUGGACGAAUUGGACCGGGCCUGAUGUUCUGUUCGGUGGAGGAGCAGAGAACUUCUGCAGCCCAGAUUUGGGUGGCGAGACCUAUAACGAUCUGGAUUACUACCAGGUUUUCGCCGAUGCUGGCUACAACGUUGUCUAUAAUGCCACUGCGCUGGAUGCUACUUCCUCGAAUGAGCGAACUCUCGGCAUCUUCAGCCAAGGCAACAUGGCCAAGUGGCUCGACCGCAACGUCUACACCGACAACCUCUCCGGCAACGAAGACGCCCCCAACUGCGAAGGCGGCGACGCUGCAGACCAACCCGGCCUCAAGGAAAUGACCCUCAAAGCCAUCGACAUCCUCAACAACCGCGCCUCGGACGAGGGCUGGUUCAUCAUGAGCGAAGCCGCGUCCGUCGACAAAAUGAUGCACGUCCUGGAUUACGACCGCGCGCUCGGCGAGCUCCUCGAACUCGACGACACGAUCAAGCACAGCAUCGCGCACCUCGAAGAACUCGGCGCCUUGAAGGAAACUCUCAUCGUCGUCACGGCCGACCAUGGCCACGGUUUCGACGUCUUCGGCUCGGUCGACACGCACUAUCUGAAGGAGCAGGACAACGAUCGCGACAAGCGUCACGCGGUCGGGCAGUACGAGAAGUCCGGGCUGUCGCAGUAUAUCAACACGGGCGAGCUGCGAUAUAGCGAUAGCAACUUCCCGUCCAACUGGGAUCCGCGAUAUACCCUCGCGCAGGGCUUCGGCGCAACGCCAGAUCACGUGGAAGACUACCAGGUCAACAAGGACGGCCCCCGCGUCCCCGCGACCAACAUCACCGGCUUCGACGAAGACGACUACUUCGCGAACCCCGAGGACUCGCCCAACGGCGGCGGAAUCACCUACAACGGCACCCUCCCCGUCGACGCCGACCAGGGCGUGCACUCCCUCACGGACGUCACCGUCUUCGCCAUGGGGCCCUGCCAGGAGAUCUUCGGGGGCGUGUAUAACAGCAUCGAUAUCUUCUUUAAGAUGGCUGAGUGUCUCGGGUUGAGCGACGUGCCCGGUAGCGAGGGCGGACAUGGAUAUGGUCAUGGGCAUGGAUGGGGCGGGCAGGGGAAUGGUGGGAAUUGGGGGAAUGUUGGCGGGAAAGAUGGGUAUGAGCAUUUUGGGGAGGGCAAGCCGAGGUAUGGUGGGAAGGGAGGGUGGAAUCAGGGGGGGAGGAAGAGGGAGUUUAAGAAGAGGAAUGGGUAUCAUUAG